CGUCUGAUAGAUUUCAUAGCGUGCGUCGCUUCUAAUACAACUGUACAUGGCUUCAUCUUGACGCUCUUCUGAACGCACAUGGAGUUGAUGUGAAUGUCGAAAUGAGUGUCCAACAAGAUCAUCUCUCCAUGUCCAUGACACAAAACAAAGUUUGGGUAACACAUCUCCGCAUCACGCUCUGUUCAUCCCGAUUCCCUCCUUUCCUCUCCUCUCGACCCUCUCAAUAUCUGAACAUGACGAUCCCCGCCCUCUCAGGAUCCACCUUCCCCAUCCCCGCCACAUUCCCACACUUCUCCGUCGCCAACGCCCCGUUAACAACCAGACUCACGCUCCGCGCCAACACACCCUCAUACUUCUCCCUCACCGCCGGACUCACACGCGGUAAACUAACAACUGUGUCAAGGUACUCGCAGAUCUGCUCGUGCUGUACCUCCGCCUGGUACCCACUCGUCGCAUCUCGCAUCUGCGAGAGUGUCCACGGACUCCAGGCCACUAUCGGCGCAUGCGAGGUCACGGGGACGACGAGCGCGGGACAGCCGGAUAAAAGGUGGAAGAUGAUAGUGCCGCACCCGGGGCGCCGCGAGGUGGACCACAUGUUUGCUCUGUAGGGGGAGAUGGCUAUGAAGAGGAUGAGGAGGCGGUUUGUGCCGAUGUCGAUUGUCGGGUUGGGAUCGCAUA